AUGAGUGUACUGGAUCUGAUGUUGACAAGGAUACUCCAGAAGACAUAUAUCUACACAGCUUCUGAAUCCAAUUCAUUAUUUUCUGCAGUCGCAAUCGGAGCGAUGACUGCAGUUUAUCCAUUUAUGUACAUUAUUCAGAAAAAAGGAUCACGAUCCGUGGUAACUCUAGUCGGAUUUUUCUCGGCAGCCACGACGGCUUUGAUUCCGUGGAUGGCAUACUUGGGAUUCUAUCCGUUACUUGCUAUGAGAUUCUUACAAGGAAUGGGAUUAUCAACAGGAUUUACACUGAUUGGAAUCGUGACAAGGCAAUGGUCAAUGCAAGCUCAAGGAGCAUUUUUCUUCGCUUGUCUCUCCUGCUUUUUCCAGAUAGGUCCAAUAUUCACAAUGCCAGUCGCCGGAGCAUUUUGCACUUCUUCUGUCGGAUGGCCUGCUGUCUACUAUGUUCACUCACUGGUCACUGUUCUCAUCUUUUCGAUGUUUUUUGCUUUCUACAGAGAAAAUCCAGUAUCCCACAAGUUUGUCACUGAACUAGAACUCUCGAAAAUUCAACGUGGCAAAGGAGAGACAAAACGACAACCCGUCCCACUGUCUGAGAUUCUGAGAGAUCCUGUAGUCCUGAGUAUCUGGACAACUGCUCUGGCUAACUUUAUGGGAAUUCAAUUAACCAUGCAAUUCUCCCCGACAUAUCUACACAAAAUCCUCGGAUUUUCUGUGGAAGACACUGGUCCAUUCAGUGCUCUCCCACAAGUUAUCACUGCGUUUGUGAAGGUUUCUGCUGGAUAUUCAGCAGAUAAAUUGGGAUGUUGCACUCCAAAUAUUUCAGUGAGGAUAUUCAACAGUCUAGCGUUGGGAGGAAUGAGUCUAACAUUCUUGGGACUCGCAUUGAUACCCACGAGCCAACCUUAUUUCGGUUUAUGGAUGUUGGUAGCGUCGUGUGCUAUUAUUGGAUUCAAUUGUGGUGGAUUCUUCAGAUGUUCAGCGAUUUAUGCAGCCCAGCACAACCAUUUCGUAAUGGGGAUGAACUCAUUUCUCAAUUGUCUCGCUGCCCUAUUAGCUCCAGUCAUAGUCAAUUUCUUUGUGAAAUAUGACACUUGGGAUGAGUGGUAUUGGGUUUGGAUGAGCCAUUUUGUGAUUUUGUUCGCAUCGAAUUUGGUAUUCAUGUACUUUGCGAAUGGAACACCAGCUAAAUGGACGAAACAAAAUGAGAACUAUGAGAAAAUAGAACGAUCUGACAUUGGGUCGAUAUCAGGUGAUGACGUCAUUGUAAUAAAAUUUUAA